GCAGGGAAGGAGGCAAAACAAAUUAACCAACAACAACAAAAGCAACAGAUCGAAAACAUCAAAAGAUGGCAAACAAAAACGUUGCGUUGUUGUUGUUGGUGUGCCUUGUAGUCGCUGCCGGGGUUGAGGCGAGGAGGCCCUACGCCGUUGUCCGAGAUGAAUGCUUCGGUUAUUGCUGGCAUGGUUGCAUAUUCCCCUCAUCAUACUGCAAUUGGUGGUGUGAUAAAGUGUGCAAAUACCCAAUAGACUUCGGUGACGAUGGCCUGAAUCAUGUAGAUAGUGUUGGUCAUGGUGGUGGUCAUCGGUAUCCUGUACCAACUGAGGAAGACUACGAACACCGCCCGGCCGCCCUAUCACCUGAGAGCCCGGUGUGGAGAAAGCCAGAACAAGACAUGAAUAUUGGCGGAGCGAUUUAAUUAAUGUAAAUCCACAGUACAGGGCAUUCUCAUGAAUUAGGACGCAUUAUACUUGUGUCCUUUUUCGGUCUCUUUCCUUCUAUUUUGCAAUAAUGAUAAUAAAAUUACCUUCAAAAUAUUCUGGUUUU